AUGGGAGCAUGCUCUACCGAUGCCCAACGAGUGGUGAAUGCGGCGACAUCUGCGUGGCAAGCGUGGAGCAUGGUGCAUGGAGGACCAGCUGCGGUGGCACAAACUGUACCCACUGCCACGGCUGGAGGCGGGCUGCCGAGAGUGUACGUCGAUGCUGGCUUCCACGCGUCGGACGGAAUGGCGACGGCAGGCGCGGCUGUACUCUCAAGCGAAGGGGAGUUUAUGGCAUGCUUCAAUAUGCGGUUACCUCAUUGCCUGUCCCCAUUAAUGGCAGAAGCUUUGGCAUGUAAAGAAGCAUUAUCAUGGUUGAAGGAUAAGGGAUUGCUCGCGGUACAAUUACAUACGGAUUGCCGGAAUCUACAACACCACUUGACAUCACAAGCCACACGGAUGCGAACAUAUAUUGGCUAUAUCAUUGAUGGAUGCAGGACUAUUUUGUCAUCUUUUAAUUUAUGUUCUGUUGUUUACAUUCCUAGAUUAGAAAAUCUUAUGGCGCACUCAUUAGCGUCGCAUGCUUUUACGCAGACUCAUACGAUGUACUGGGAUACUAUCCCACCAGAUUUUAUUGCAGCCUAUCUCUAA